AUCGCUCCUCUUUUUUCUUUUCUUUUUAAACUAAUAAAUAAAUAACCAACUCAGUAAAUAAAGUCCUUCACUCUGAAGUCUCCGAAUCGAUCGAAAAAACUUCUUCAAUUCGGUUCUGAAUCUCUGAAUUUAGGGUAGAAUAAUGGCGCCCCCAGAAGGUGGGCAAGUAGCAGCAGUAGCAGGAGGAGAGGGAGGAGCACCACCUCAAAGACAACAGGGAGGGUUUGGAACUUCAAUAACUGGAAUCAUAAGAAUUGCUGUGUUUUGGUAUUUUGCUUCCAAGUUCUUUUCUCCCGCUGUUAAGAAAUCCAAUGAACCCAUUGUUCAGAUCUCAAAUCUCUUCAAUAAAGGAGAAACCCUGGAUAUGUGGGUUUAUCUAUCUGAACAUGAAAAGUUUAAUGAAUUUGGUAAUGAAGAAUUACUCACUUGGCAUGAAACAAAUAUACCUUAUGCUGUUUGGGGAUCAGAAAGCACUAGAACUUUAUCUCUUACUUAUCAUCCUUCUCCGGCGGUGCAGAACAAUGGGAGUGUAUAUGCUCAUGUUUACUUUGCCCGUUCUGGUUAUUCACCAGAUCCUACUGAUCCUGAAUAUCAGCCAUUGGCUGCGUUUGGGAGAACACAUCCUCUUGUGAAGUACUCGCCCAAGUCUAAAAAGAGUAAAAAGAGGAGCUUGUUAGGAGCAGAAGAGGAGGGCAAACAAGUGUCUGAGGAGAUUGAUGAAAGUCAGAUUGACGCUGAAGACACUGGCCCUACAGAAUGGAUAUCUUACUGGAAGCCAAACAUUACAAUCAAUCUGGUCGACGAUUUUACACGGUACACCCAGAACGCUGCUCCACCUAAUGUUGCUCCAUACUUGAAUAUUGAGCCUACAACGGGGAGCUAUUAUCCAACAAUAUACUUCAAUGAGUUUUGGUUACUUAGAGACAAGUACAUAGCGAUGAACGAGUCAGUGACAGAAGUACCACUACAUUUGGAAGUGGGUCCCAUAAGCAUGACCAAGUGGCAGUUAUUCAUGCAAGUUGACCAAUCAUUCCAGAUCCACCGUAGUUACGGAAGCAUGGUCGAAGGCGAGGGCGAUGAACUUAAGAGGGUAUUUUUGGAAGGAAAUCCUGUCCUCUUGCUGAUCACGAUGUGUGUUUCGUUACUUCAUUCGGUGUUUGAUUUCCUGGCGUUCAAAAAUGAUAUCCAGUUUUGGAACAAAAAUAAAUCCAUGGAAGGGUUGUCGGCCAAGACAGUUGUUGUUAACUUUUUUUCCCAGUUGAUCAUAUUCCUGUAUCUACUUGACAAUGAUACUUCCUGGAUGAUUCUUGCUAGUUCUGGUGUUGGUGUUUGUAUCGAGUUUUGGAAAAUUGGGAAAGCCAUGCACGUAGAGGUUGAUAGAAGUGGAAGAAUACCAAUGUUGAGAUUUAAGGACAGGGAUUCAUAUUCAGGAAACAAGACAAAGGAAUAUGAUGAUAUGGCAAUGAAAUAUCUAUCAUAUCUUCUCUUCUUCCUCGUGAUAUGUUCUGCUAUUUACUCACUCAAGUAUGAGCAACACAGGAGCUGGUACUCAUGGAUCCUGGGUUCCCUCACAAGCUGUGUUUACAUGUUUGGUUUCAUUAUGAUGUGUCCUCAACUCUUCAUAAACUAUAAGCUGAAGUCUGUUGCUCAUCUCCCCUGGAGACAGAUGACAUACAAGUUCCUCAACACCAUCAUUGAUGAUCUCUUUGCCUUUGUCAUAAAAAUGCCAUGGCUACACCGUCUUUCUGUUUUCCGAGAUGAUCUUAUCUUUUUGAUCUACAUUUACCAAAGAUGGGUUUAUCCAGUAGAUAAAAAACGUGUGAACGAAUUUGGUUUCGGUGGUGUUGAUGAUGGGCAGACAGCUGACGGCACUGUUGUAGCUGACGGCACUGCUGUUGUUACAGCAGAGAAGGAAGAAGAAAAGAAGACCAAAUGAGCAGUCUGUUGAUAGUUAUUUGAGUUCCAGCUAACUUUAAACUGUAAAACUGAAGUAGGAUACUACUAUACAUAUUCUUUGUUUAUCAGGUUCUCUCUUUUUCCUACCUGGCAUGUUUGCAUGCAUAAAUCUCACUCUCCAGGAAGGAUUGAUGUGUUUGCAUGCAUAAAUCUCACUCUCCAGGAAGGAUUGAUGUGUUUUUAAUAGGGGGGUUUACUUGCCAUCUCUGCCGUGUGGCAACAUUUUUAUGGCUAACGUACAGGAUAGAACAGCUGGGAACUGUUACAUAUUUAUUUUGUAGUUUUAUAUAAUUUUUUGGGUGAAUUAUUUUGUUGAAAAGAUGAUUAAAAUAAUGUGUUAAUUCCUUUUAGUCUUAAA